UCUCUGGUAAGCAGACACUCGGGGCAUCAGCAUAGUUGGAGAGGAAAUGAGUGCUUGCUGGUCUGACUUAGUACCCAUAGAAAAACAGAGCUCUUGAUCUUGAAAGAGCAGCGAAGUCAUCUCUGACCUCCACCUGAGUCUGCUGGGACCAGGCAGGGAAAGAGCUGGCAGGAGAAAACAGGACAGAUCAGGUGAGGGGGGUGGAUGGAGUCCAGUGCUGGCUGUGCAGGCAGAGCCAGCAACAGGGCUACAAGAACAGCACAGCCUCUCAGAGCUGCUACAGGCCACGCUCGACAGGAACCCAUGGAGUGGAUUCCAAACUCCUGUGGGUUGAGCGCAUUCACUGGGAAAUAGAGAAUACGAAAAUGAAAAGCCAUGUCCGGACUUUCAAGUAGCUUACAACUCGGUAGAACGACAUGACAUGAAUACCCUCAGCCUACCCCUGAACAUACGCCGAGGCGGCUCAGACACUAAUCUCAACUUCGACGUACCAGAUGGCAUCCUGGAUUUCCACAAGGUCAAACUCAAUGCAGACAGCCUGAAACAAAAAAUCUUGAAGGUAACAGAACAAAUCAAAAUUGAGCAAACCUCCCGCGAUGGGAAUGUUGCCGAGUAUCUGAAGCUGGUCAACAGUGCAGACAAGCAGCAGGCUGGGCGCAUCAAACAGGUUUUUGAGAAGAAGAACCAGAAAUCAGCCCAUUCCAUUGCCCAGCUGCAGAAGAAGUUAGAGCAGUACCACAGAAAGCUCAGGGAGAUUGAGCAGAAUGGAGCCUCCAGAAGCACAAAGGACAUCUCCAAAGACCACCUGAAGGACAUCCAUCACUCUCUGAAAGAUGCCCAUGUGAAAUCUCGAACUGCCCCCCACUGCCUGGAGAGUAGUAAAUUGGGCAUGCCAGGGGUGUCCCUCACUCCCCCUGUAUUUGUCUUCAAUAAAUCCAGGGAGUUUGCCAAUUUGAUUCGGAAUAAAUUUGGUAGUGCUGACAACAUUGCUCACUUAAAAAAUUCCUUAGAAGAGUUUAGGCCUGAAGCAAGUGCCAGGGCCUAUGGGGGCAGUGCCACCAUUGUGAACAAACCCAAGUAUGGCAGCGAUGAUGAGUGUUCGAGCGGCACGUCAGGCUCAGCGGAUAGUAAUGGCAACCAGUCCUUUGGGGCUGGCGGGGCCAACACACUGGACAGCCAGGGGAAGCUUGCCAUGAUCCUGGAGGAACUGAGGGAAAUCAAGGACACCCAGGCCCAGCUGGCAGAGGACAUUGAGGCACUGAAGGUGCAGUUUAAGAGAGAAUAUGGCUUCAUCUCUCAGACCCUGCAAGAGGAGAGAUACAGGUAUGAGCGACUAGAAGACCAGCUGCAUGACCUGACCGACCUCCACCAGCACGAGACGGCCAACCUGAAGCAAGAGCUGGCCAGCGCCGAGGAGAAGGUGGCCUACCAGGCCUAUGAGCGCUCGCGGGACAUCCAGGAAGCCUUGGAAUCCUGCCAGACGCGAAUUUCUAAGCUGGAGCUGCACCAGCAGGAGCAGCAGACCCUGCAGACAGACUCAGUGAAUGCCAAGGUGCUGCUGGGGAAGUGCAUCAACGUGGUGCUGGCCUUCAUGACCGUCAUCCUGGUGUGCGUGUCCACCCUGGCCAAGUUCGUCUCUCCCAUGAUGAAGAGCCGUUUCCACAUUCUUGGCACCUUCUGUGCUGUGACUAUUCUGGCAAUAUUUUGUAAAAACUGGGACCAUAUUCUGUGUGCCAUAGAAAGGGUAAUUAUACCGAGAUGAAGCCCCAGGUUCCUGCCUUCACUUUCUGGCAAGUUUUUAUUUUGAAGAACACUCUGUGCAUACUACCAAAUUUUUAAAUGAACAGUUGUACGGACUAGAGAUGACAAGAAGGCUUGGAGCUGUGUGGUGUAAAUAACUACAGUUCUGUAACUCAGUGGCUGCUGCCAACUCAGUCCCUGUCCUUAGUUACCGUGAAUCUGUCUGGAGCUCUCUCCAAGUUGCUCACUGCCUUAAUCAGACCAGAUUCCUGCCCACCUGCUGAGCCCAGCAGGAUGAACUAACUCCUGUGUAUCGAGCACUUGGCAUAAUAAGUGACACCCCUCCCCCUUCCAGGAAAGGGUGCCUCCCUCUUUCUCUUCCUUUAAGUCUCUUAUCACAAGUAAGCUUCACCACGGUAAAUGUUCCCCAGUGGUUGUGUUUUCCCUCUUUUAACUGGAAAGGAUGUAUGUGACAUGAGUCCAUUCUGGAAGGUGGAGAAACACUGGACCACAAGCCUGGAGAAGUGCAGUAAAUCACUUUGUGAUCCGUCUUACCUGUCCAUGUAUACCCCAAGGCCCCACGAUAUGUACAGCAGGCUCAGCUGUGUGUGGCCUCUACAGGGAAACCUGUGCCUGUUUAUGCACAGGUUGUGUUGCAUGUUAGAUGGUGAACCACUAGGAUGUACAAGUCAAGCUCUCCCCUGAUUUCACCUUUAUGGUUAACAAAAGCCCACUCUCACAGCAUGCAGAAAGGCUCCCACUGCCUCAGCACUUGUGGUACUGUUGCAUCUUUAUGCAGGAUUCUGGGAGCACUGUCCAGAGAUUUGUGCUGAGGCAAAUCCUAGCUGUGAUAAUCCGGACCCCCUGAGAAUAUGAUUCCCUUCCCUCUUGGCUCUUGAAGAUCACAUUGCAAAGCUUCCCCCAGGAAAUGAAAACAAGCUAUGCUUAUGGUGCAGGACUUUUCUUAAAGAGGAACAACAGAAUCACUUUAGAAAGCUAAUGUGCCUUGCCGUCAGACACUGGAGGCAUGAGGAAGGAUGACGUUUGCUCUGAUUGUAUGGUAAUUUGAUUAGAUUCAGCUAGUGGGAGACACACUUCUGGAUGGAGAUGGAGAGGCUCUGCUUAUAUGGGGGAAGAAGGGCAGCAAGAAUAAAAUAAGUUCAGUCCAGUGCUAGAGUCCAGGUUUCUGUUUAUCUCUUCAGAUCUAUGGCAAGAUCCAUAGCAAUGGGACACAUAUUCUGCUACCCAGGGGAAGCAUUCGAGAACUGUGUCUUUGGUCUUGUGAGGAGGCCCUUCUGUAUCUGUCAAAUGGUCCUUUCCUAUAAGUCACCUAACACUGAGGUGGAUGGAGAAAAUUGUGAUGGGAACUAUUGUCCCCUCCUGAUCCUGUCGCCACCCCACCAUUCCUGAAGGUGAAGAGAUGCUUUCAACAGAAGAUCCCCCAGCUCCUGGAUGUGAAUUAAGUGCAAUAUUUGCAAGUAGCUGUUCUUGGAGGAAAUCUCCUGGAAAAAAACAAAUGUGACAGAGCUUGCCAGGGUUUGAGAGAAUUUAGUACAUAUCCAGCAUGGAUGAAUGAGACUCAGGCAACUCCAGCUUACUUCCUUUUUCUUCUUUUUAAAAUGUAUGAUGCAGUCAUUUUAAUAAAUUCACAACUGCCCCAACAUCACAUUUGUCCCAAACUAAUUCCAGACUCAAGUAUUUUUAGAACAAUAAACAUAGUUUCAUAAAUCUGUGGUUAUAAAGGCUUUUGGAAUCAAGGACACAGUGCUGCAUAGCCAUGUGCCCUGUGCUGUCAGACCCCAGGCUGCUGUGCUCACCGUGACCCUCUGAAUCCAGGACAGAUGUGUCCUAGGUGUGCGCAGGGAGGGAGAAAGACUGAUAUGCUUCCUUUUGCUUUUAUAGUUGAAUGGCCAACCUCCAUUUUCCCUGUAGGCAUCUGACUCCAGCAACUUAAACCCAAAAGUUAAGUAGACCCUUCUGGGUUUCUCUUUAGUUCUUGGGCAUCUUUCUGAGGGCACUUUGGGGGAGAAUGAGGCAUAAGGUUCUGGAAGGACCCAAAAAGACACAAGUGCUAUUCUCACACUACCAUACACCAUGUCAUGAUGUAAUUUAGGAAGGCUGUGUCUGACACCUCAGACCUGUGAUCGGCAUGUCUACUCCCUAGGGAGAGAGCAGAAGAGUAGAAGAAGCAGCUCACUCCAUCCCUUCCAUCCCUCGGCUGGAGCUACUAACAGAACCAACUGGACACUGUCUCCUAAAUCUCCCAACCUGAAACUUCCCUGAAACAAUCCAUGUUUCCAUUGGCUCAUUAAAUGUCAAGUAACCUUGCCUUGCUUGGCUGUGGCAUAUUUAUUUUAGACUUGUGGAAAGUUCAUGAAGCUUUUUUUUUUUUUACUUUUUAAUCAGAUGAUAUCAGAGUAUAAAAGACUUUUUAUUCUCUGCAGUUAAUUAUUUUCUUAAAGACUAUACCUCCACCUGCUUGUUCUCUUCAGUGAAUAAGACUAAAUGAAGAUUUUUACACAAUAAAAAAUAGUGAUACAGGAAGUGGUGCUGUGGCUCAAGCGGUAGAACACUCGCCUUGAGCUGAAGAGU